UUCAAUUUCUUGCUCCUGCACACUUGUACUCUCUUUCCUUCACCUCCUUUAAUUUCUCAAUUCUCCAAAAAAGAAUAAAUUACUCGCCAGAAACCCUAGCUCUUCUCCAAAAGAUUUGAAACCUGGGUCUGUUUGUUCUCUGCAUCUAAUUUCCAAAAGAAAGGGAAAACAAUAUAUCUAUCCAUCCUUCCGACCGUCUGUAUGUCUUCAAGCAAAGCAAUGCAAAAACAAGAAGAAAAUGUCAGUUUUUGACAGAUCUGUUUGUUAAGGUUGCUGCUGCUGUCCAGUCCAUGUGUGUCAAGCUUCGAAGCACCAUUAUUCAAAGGCAAUAAGAAAGAAUGCCAGUGCCAGUAGUGAUAGCGAAGCUUGGUUCUACAAUUGGUGGGAAACUUGCCGAUCUAACAGUGGGAUCCAUUGGAAAACAAAUUGGUUAUGUCAUCUCCUACCGUCACAACCUAACAGAGCAUAAGGAUGCCCUCAAAGAACUCAAGAAUCACAGAGAUGUGGUGCAGCUUAGGGUUGAUGAAGCCAGAAGACAAGGGGAAGAAAUUUUUGAGAAAGUUAAGGAUUGGAUCAGCACGGCAGACGAAAUUACAAAAAAUGCAGAAGAGUUGUGUGCAAAGGGACCCCAGGAUUGUUCGUGGAGGUCAUGUCCCAAUCUUUGGUUACGGCAUCAGAUAAGCAGAGAAGCAAAAAAGAUGACAAUGCGAAUUCAAAACCACAAGGACAAAGGGAAGUUUGAGAGUGUUUCACACUUCAUUCCUCCAAAGUUACUAGGUGUACCGCCUACUAGCGAGGAAAAUGAUGAACUUAUAGAAUCCAGAAUCUCAAUCAGGAAUCAGGUUCUGGAAGCAUUGAAAGAUUCCUCCAGAGUUGGGAUGUGUGGGCUUCCUGGUGUUGGGAAAACUACCUUAGCCCGAAAAAUAGCAGAUGUAGCUGAAGAGCAGAAGGAGGUUUUUGGGUUGGUGGUCUGGGUAACUGUUGCCCAAUUUUCGAUGCUUGAAAUUCAAAAACAAAUUGCAGAGAUUGCUGGAAAGAAAUUGGAAAAGGAAACCUUGAAUGUUAGAGCUAAGCUUAUCCUUCAGAGGUUGGAGCAAGAAAAAAAUGUACUUGUAGUGAUGGACGAUCUUUGGGAGAGACUUGAUUUAAGCUUAGUUGGGAUUCCACCUAAAUGUAGAAUUUUGUUCACUUCAAGACAUGAAAAAUUGUUGUCCACCCAAAUGAAUUGCAAUGACAUUUUUACGGUUGGUAAGUUGUCCGAAGAAGAGGCUUGGAAAUUAUUUAAAGAGAACGCUGAGUUUGAUGAAUCCAAUCAUACAGAAUUGGUACCUGUGGCAAAAGAGGUGUGCGAACGUUGUCGUAGAUUGCCUCUAGCAUUAGUCUCAGUUGCUCGUGCACUAAAAAAGAAAAGAGAGGUAAGCAAUUGGAGGACUGCCCGAAGACGGUUGGAAACAUCUUUAGGAAAAUACCUGCAAGCAUGGAAUAAAGAAAUAGGCCCUUCGUUAAAGCUGAGUUAUGGUUAUCUAAAUAGCGAGCUGCAAUCUAUUUUCCUACUCUCAGCCGUGCUGUCUCACGACCCUUUGAUUAAACACUUACUCAGGUAUGCUGUGGGUUUAGGUUUACUUGAAGGUGCACACUCCAUGAAAGAUGCUCAUGAUACAUUGGAUGAAGAUAUAAGUGAUUUGAAGGACUCAAGUUUGUUGCUUGAUAGCUUUUCUGAUGAUCGUGUCACAAUGCAUGACCUCUUUCGUGACUUUGCAUUUCAAGAACAAGGGCCCCGUGCGAAGAGAUUUAAAGGAGGGCAAGGUGACAUAGAAGACAUGAGACAAUUAGAAGGCUGCACUAGAUUGGUAUUGGACGAAUGGGAUGGAAUACUUCCAGGUGAGUUGCCUUGUCCCAAACUUGAAUUCUUCUUGCGAAAUGGUGAAGAGGACUCUGAUUUGACAAUUCCAGACAAUUUCUUUAAAUCAUUGAAUGAACUCAGAGCGAUGGGAUUUAGCGGUGUGAGUUUUUCGUCCUUGCCAACACUUGGCCACCUACAAAAGCUUAGAACAUUGUGUCUGGAACGUUGUCGAUUGGAAGACAUAUCGCAGGUUGGGAAUUUGAAUAGUUUAAGAGUUCUUAGUUUUGCUGGGUCUAAUAUUAGGCAAUUGCCGGGCGCAUUAGCACAGUUGAGAUGCCUGCAAGUGUUGGAUUUAUCCCGUUGCCGCGGUUUAGAAGUGAUUCCACCAAAAGUUUUAUCUAGUUUGACUAGAUUAGAGGUUUUGAACAUGGAAUGGAGCUUCUGCCAAUGGGAAGUUGAAGGACCCAACAAAGAGAGUAGGAAUGCAAGCCUUGAUGAGUUAAGGCAUUUGACGAAUCUCUAUGAUUUAAACAUCGAUAUUCCCCAAAACAUUGCUGUGCCAGAAGACUUGUUCAUUGAAAUGCCUUUGGAGAGAUUCAUGAUAUUUAAUGGACAUGCACGGAGGCGGAUGUGGAUGGAUAAUGGUUGUUCUCGGACAUUGGGAAUGUGUAGUGUGAAUUUGGAUGAUGAGAUGCAAAAGCUUUUGGGAAAAGUUCAAGACUUAUGUUUACAUGAUGUAAACGUCAAAACUAACGUUUUGGGCGGGACAGUAUUUCGUCAUCAAAGUGUGGGACUGGAACAUCUUGAAGUCGUUGGUUGCAAAUCUAUCAAAGCCAUUGUGGGGUCUACUAAUAAAGAUUCAACUGAUGCCAUUGUGUUUGAUGCAUUGCGUUCUUUGAACUUGAGAGAUUUGCCAAUGCUUUCGGCAUUCCACGAGCAAGAGGAGGAGGAGGAGGAGGAGAUUAAUGCAAAAAGUAAAUCACUUUUCAACAGCAAGAUUUCCUUUCAGAAGAUAGAGAAAUUGGAUCUAAGGGAGUUAAACAGAACGAUUUCAUCGAUAUGGGAUGGCCAACUUCCAGAAAACUCAUUCACCAACUUAAAUACUUUGAAAGUCGUAAAUUGCGGCUUCGCGGGGAGAUUGGUCCCCUUUCAUGUACUCAAAUCCUUGAAGCAUUUGGAAAAAGUAGUGGUUAAAUAUUGUGAUAUGCUGGAGGUGGUGUUUGAUUUUGAAGAAUUGAAAGGUGAGGAGAUACAAUCACCUGCAUUGAUUAGUGUCCCAUUGAAAAAGCUGUCCCUGUACAAGUUGCCAGAACUGAAGCAUGUGUGGAGCAAUUGGCCGCCAGAGACGGUGCCCUUCCCAUGUCUGGAAGAAGUAGAGAUUAAGGAAUGUGAGAGGCUGACGAGUAUGUUUCCUUCAACAGAGUUUCAAGAGGAGUAUCCUCUAUUUCCUCACCAAAAGGUGGUUCAAAAUAUGAAGAGCUUGACUUGCGAUGGAAAAUUUGCGAAGAUGGUAUGGGACGGCCAAAUUCCCAACGACUGCUUUUCCAAUGUUGAAGACCUAUCUCUAUAUUUGGAUGGUGAUGAUGAGUCAGUAACUACUACUUUUCCUCGUGGAUUGUACAAGAGUAAGUUUCCAAAUUUACAGAGGCUAGUGUUGAAAGGGUACAUGAAAGAGCUUAUAUCAUCAUCAUCAUCAUCACGUCCGAAGCCUCCUCUGGAUGAUGAAGUGGGUGCAUCUUUUACAACAUUGAUUUUUGAUAAAAUGUAUAACUUGGAGCAUAUUUGGGAUGAGAGUGCUCCACCGGUGUUCCUUCUCCAAAAUCUUCAGACUCUUCGUGUUUCUCACUGUCCCGACUUAAUAAACUUGGGGACAUCCUACAUUUCUUUCACCAAUCUUACAGAAAUCCAAGUAAGUUAUUGUGGAAAAAUGAUGAGUUUGCUGACGUCAUUAACAUCCAGAGCCUUGGUGCAGCUCACAAGGUUGACAAUAAGUUGUUGCGAGCAAAUGAAGGAAGUUGUGGCAGAGCAACAACUGCUGGAAAAGAAUGAUGAUAAUCUGAGUGGAAAGGAGAUUAUUGUUUUUCAGAAAUUAGAAUAUUUGAAACUUGAUGAUUUGCCAAGUUUGAGGAGCUUCUGCAACUCUAACUAUAGCUUCUAGUUUCCAUCAUUAGAAGAAGUAUGUAUUAGAGAUUGUCCAAGAAUGAGCAUGUUCUGUGAAGGGGAUGUACAUACACCAAAUCUUAAAGGUGUCACAUAUGAAGAAGGCGAGGGAAGCCGAGAAACGCAAUGGGAAGGCAACCUUACCAAAACAUUUCAAUAUUUUUUGGUAUCACAGGGCUUCACCCUUCUAUAUAUGCAAGUGAUACUCAUCUUUAUUUUCCGAUUUGGGAACUCCAACACUCCCCCGCAAGUGGUAACUAGCCUGGCUUAGUUAGCACUUGGACAAACGGGUCUAGCAUCUCAAUCUCUUAUAGCUAGCCCACACAACGGGCGGUAGCAUCUCAAUCUCUUUUCAGCCAACUCAGCCCAAACCACAGACGGGGUAGCUCAUUUUUGCUAAACCCACAUCCAAACAACCAGGAACAAUCAAACCCGGACCGGACCUGCUCCGAUAUCAUGUUAAAAUUCCGGCGGGCCAAUAACAACGGAUAGAGUGU